GCAGCGGCGGCCAUUACAGGGAGCGGAGCGAGGAGCGGCAGCGCUGCCGCAGCCGGAGCGCCCCGGGCCGCCCUCUCCCCGCGCCCGCCCGCCCGCCCUGACGCGUCGCGGCCGCCGCCGCUGUGGGGAGCGCGGAUCGCAGGGGCCCGCGGGGCGGUGCGGCAGCAGCAGCCGGUGAGGAGGAGGGGGAGAGCGGGAUGGAGGAGAAGGUCUUCACCAAGGAGCUCGACCAGUGGGUGGAGCAGCUCAACGAGUGCAAGCAGCUGUCCGAGGGGCAGGUGAAGAGCCUCUGCGAGAAGGCUAAAGAAAUUUUGACAAAAGAAUCCAACGUACAAGAAGUGCGAUGUCCAGUCACAGUCUGUGGAGAUGUCCAUGGACAAUUUCACGACCUCAUGGAACUUUUCAGAAUUGGAGGCAAAUCACCAGACACAAACUAUUUGUUUAUGGGGGACUAUGUUGACAGAGGAUAUUAUUCAGUCGAAACAGUCACAUUGCUUGUAGCUCUUAAGGUCCGUUACCGCGAACGUAUCACAAUUCUUCGAGGGAACCAUGAAAGCAGGCAAAUCACACAAGUUUAUGGCUUCUAUGAUGAAUGUUUAAGGAAAUACGGAAAUGCAAAUGUUUGGAAAUACUUUACAGACCUUUUUGAUUACCUGCCUCUAACUGCCUUGGUGGAUGGCCAGAUUUUUUGUCUACACGGUGGCCUCUCUCCAUCUAUAGAUACACUGGAUCACAUCAGAGCACUUGAUCGCUUGCAGGAAGUUCCCCAUGAGGGUCCAAUGUGUGACUUGCUAUGGUCAGAUCCAGAUGAUCGCGGUGGCUGGGGAAUUUCUCCUCGAGGUGCAGGUUACACAUUUGGACAGGAUAUUUCAGAAACCUUUAACCAUGCUAAUGGCCUUACGUUGGUUUCAAGAGCUCAUCAGUUGGUAAUGGAGGGGUACAACUGGUGCCAUGAUCGGAAUGUAGUAACAAUUUUCAGUGCUCCAAACUAUUGUUACCGCUGUGGCAACCAGGCUGCAAUUAUGGAACUUGAUGACACUCUAAAAUACUCCUUUUUGCAGUUCGACCCGGCACCGCGUAGAGGUGAACCGCAUGUUACUCGUCGCACCCCAGACUACUUCCUGUAAAGAGAUUUUAGACCUGUACAGUAUUGCCAUGAACCAUAUGUUGACCUAAAGGAAAUGGGAAGAGCAACAGUAACUCCAAAGUGUCAGAAAAUAUUUAACAUUCAAACUUUGUUUUCACAUGGACCAAAAGACGUGCCAUAUUCAGUACAAAGCCUCUUGUCAUCAACAACUGUGACCACUUUAGAAUGAACCAGUUCAUUGCAUGCUGAAGCAACAUUGUUGGUCAAGAAACCAGUUUCUGGCAUAGCGCUAUUUGUAGUUACUUUUGCUUUCUCUGAGAGACUGCAAAUAAUAAGAUGUAGACAUUAACACCUCGUGAAUACAUUUAACUUUCCAUUUAGCUAUAGCUUUAUUCAGCAUGACUGUAGAUAAGGGUAGCAGCAAACAAUCAUUGAAGCUUAAAGAACAUUUUUAAAAUAAGUACCAAGGCCUCAUAUUUGUUCUGAAACUGUUUGUUUGUUUUAUUUUCAGGGAAUACUGUUUAAUUUAAUUGUAUUGAUUUUUUUUUUUUGUCUGCACUCAGUUCCCUUUUCCACUCUGCCCUACCAUAUUGUCCCUUGUAAUUGUCCAAGGAUAGUGAAUUACUUUGAACAGAACUGUUUUUUUCUGUAAAACAAUGUUACUGCAGGACAGAGCUGCAGUGUUUUUCAUAAUAAACUUGUGAACUAAGUAUGGAAAAAUGUCAAAAUUCUAAUUGCAUCUCAGGUCAACUGUGGUUUAAUAAACUAACAUGUAGCUGGAUGGGUUUUAUAAACUUGCAUAGAAAUUUCACCUUAUAAAUAACUAAAACUGAGGUGAUUUGGAGUGUGCUGGAAAACUCUGACCUUCUGAAUCCUGUCCCAGGAAGGCACCUGGGCCUGUGUCUCACAGCUGAGAACAGCUUGCUGGUUACUCACAUGUUGCUCUUUCCCUCUUGGUGCUCUACUGAAAUACUCAGAAAUGGAAGAAUAUAAGUUCACUUAACUGAC